UUAUUUAUAUCCGCGGUCACCUUGUUUUCUUAAAAUUUGUUAAAAUCUGAAAUAAAUCCCGUUUUUCUGUUUUUCUGUUUUUUUCGAGGACAACGAGGCUCUAUAAGGUUCCUCUGGCAGCAUGGAAGACCAGGCAUGCCCGCGGUGCAAGACCACCAAGUACCGGAAUCCCUCGCUCAAGCUGAUGGUCAACGUUUGUGGCCACACGCUCUGCGAGUCGUGCGUGGACCUGCUCUUUCUCAAGGGAUCCGGGGCAUGUCCGGAGUGCAUGGUACCACUGCGCCGCAACAACUUCCGGGUGCAGCUCUUUGAGGAUCCCAUGGUGGAGAAGGAGGUGGACAUCAGACGACGCAUCUUGCGCGACUACAACAAGCGCGAAGAGGACUUUGGCACGCUGGAGGAGUACAACGACUACCUGGAGGAGAUCGAGGACAUUGUGUACAACCUGUGCAACAACAUCGAGAUCAUUGAGACGAACAAACGUAUCGAGGCGUACAAGCGAGACAACCGUGAGGUGAUUCAGCGCAACAAGACCCGAGUGGGCCGCGAUGAGUCUGUCCUAGAGGAGAUGCUCGAGCUGGAGCGCGUUCAGGAAGAGUCCCGGAAGAAGGAGCUCGAUGAGCUGGAGACCGAGCACAAAAAGAAAAAGGCCCGUGAUAAGCAGGCCCUCAUCGAGGAGCUCAUGUACAGCGGCAAGGAUGCUGCCCAGAUUGUGACUGAAUUUGCCGAAAAGGCAGAGAAGCAGCGCGAGGAGGAGAAGCAGCUGCCGCCGCCGAAGCUGUCGAACGAGUUCUCCACGGGCAUCAAGUUUGGCCAGACGGCAGAUCCAAGCCUGAUUCCCGUUCCCAAGUCGGAAGAGGGUCCGCUCUUUGUCUACGAGCCGUUGAUCGCCAUCACAGAUGGUCCCACUCCACCGCCAACUAACGAGAUCGAGUCAUUGGGCUACAUCUCCCACAUACGGGCCGAGACACAGCAGGAGAAUGCCGGCGGAUUCACCGCAACCAUGGCCUGUGAGCGUGCCCUCCAGGAAGCGCUGCAGGGUCUCUUUUACACCCCCACAGCUGGCGUGGCAGUGGGCAUAUGAGGAGCCCAGCCUGACUGCCAACUGCUUCGGAAGCACGAUAGGAUGACAGAAACAUAGCACAGCACGCUUAUUUGUUGAACAAAUGUGUCCUAUAUAAUCCAUUCAUCUAACCGUAAUAUACUUAAUAUACUAUAAUGA